AUGGCCAACGAUGAUGAUCAAUCUUCGUCAGAUCAAUCAGUCGACCUUGAUUACUAUCUGGGUUCGGGUGAUGGACCCGGGAUUGUGAUUACGCCAGUCAAACUACGUGGAGCAUCGAACUACGACGAGUGGGCUAAGGCCGUUCGACGUUCCUUGGUGUCAAAAUUCAAAUUUGGCUUCAUAGAUGGUUCAAUAACAGAACCUACAUCAUACAAAACCAAGAUGAAACAUUGGAUUGCUGUCAAUUCCAUGGUGGUUUCCUGGAUUACCAACACUGUCGCAGAAAAUUUGAGGUCUCAACUUGAGGAUUUCGACGUUGUAGAGGAGUUAUGGACGCAUUUGAGGAAGCGGUUUUGUGUUGUAAGUGGGACACGCAUCUGCUACAUCAAGACUGCUAUUGGGGCGUGUAAACAAACGUCUACGGACACUGUUACGGAGUAUUAUGCGUGUCUGUCCAAGCUAUGGAAGGAGUUGGUGAUGUAUGCACGUGUGCCGAGGUGUACGUGUGGAGCGUGCAAAUGCAACAUUGCACAACAGGUUGGUGAUAUACGUGCAGAGGACCAUUUGCAUUAUUUUUUGAUACGGCUGGACGAGCCCUACGAAGCCAUUCACGCACAACUUUUGGCACAGGUGCCAUUGCCAUCUGUUGAUGUGGCGUACCAAACCGUCGUCAAUACGGAGAGCCUUCGAGUUAAGGAGGGACAGGCAGGACAUAAUGUUAUGGCCUUCAAAGUUGAGGCACGUCCCAAGCAGAGAUACGGGGAAGGUGAGAAGUUAUUUUGCCAGCAUUGUAAUCGUGAAGGUCAUAGUGAGGAGACGUGUUAUCAGAUUAUCGGGUUUCCCGAGUGGUGGGACGAGAAGAAAAGAGGAGGACGGGGCCCUGGGCGUGGUGGAAGAGGCUCGAGUGGUAGAGGUAGGGGUAGUCGACCCUUCACACCUAGCAGCAGCAUUACUGUGCGUGCAAAUGAUGUGCAAGGUGGGCUGGACCAGUUGACGAGGAUGGUGAUUGGCGUGGGUGAACGACAAGAAGGACUAUAUUUUUUCCGUGGGGUUCCGCAAGUGAGGGUGCUAGCAGUAACAUGUGUGGUCGAUCUAUGGCAUGAACGUAUGGGGCAUCCGUCGGAGAAAAUACUGAAGUUGAUCCCGCCAGUGAGUAAUUUUAGUAGACAGAAUAGUCAGAUUUGCGAUGUAUGUCCUCGUGCAAAGAAAUGUAGAGAGAGUUUUCCUAAUAGUGAUAACAAAGCUAAUAGUAUGUUUGAAUUGGUUUACAUUGAUUUAUGGGGUCCUUACAAGACAAUUUCGUCUUGUGGGGCGAAAUAUUUUUUGACCAUUGUUGAUGAUUUUUCUAGAGGCGUGUGGGUUUAUUUGAUUAGUAAUAAAACAAAAGUUGAGUCGAUUUUCUUGAAUUUUAUUGCUAUGAUAAAGCGCCAAUUUAAUAAAGUUCUCAAAGUUGUUCGUAGUGAUAAUGGGACGGAGUUUAAUUUCUUACAAGGUUAUUUUUUCAAAUCUGGGAUACUAUUUGAAUCAUCUUGUGUAGGCACUCCUCAACAAAAUGGGAGAGUUGAGCGUAAAAAUCAACAUAUAUUGAAUGUGGCUAGAGCUUUACGAUUUCAAGGCAAUUUUCCGAAAAAGUUUUGGGGUGAAUGUAUUCUUGCUGCGUCAUAUUUAAUAAAUCGUACGCCUACCCCCAUCCUUCAAAACAAGACACCAAAUGAGAUGUUGUUUGGUGAAUUGCCUUCUUAUGAGUCUAUUCGUUUAAUUGGAUGUCUAUGUUAUGCGUAUAAUCUACGGAGUAAGGGAGAUAAAUUUGAGUCUCGAAGUCGAAAGUGUGUGUUCUUAGGGUAUCCGUUCGGAAAGAAGGGGUGGCAAUUAUAUGAUUUGGAGCGUCGGGAGUAUUUUGUUUCUCGUGAUGUACGGUUUCAUGAACGUGUAUUUCCCUAUGUUGAGGAGGUUGGUGUGUUGUCCGUUAUUGCGGGUCUUGAUGAGUUGAGGGCUACUGAUGAAGAUGUGGCGCAUUGGGAUAAUGGAGUGGACAAUGACUUGGGUAGUGGCCAUUGCGUUGGUGAGGGAGCUGGUGUUCGUGAGUUGAGGGAUGCUGCUGUUGGUGAGAUACGGGAGGCAGAAACUGCAGGAGAUGGGUCGCGUGUGGGUGAGGCGCUGCAGCCUGGGGGAGAGGCGCUACAGCCAGGGCGUGAGGCGCUGCAGCAGCCGCACACUGAGGCGCUGCAAAUGGGACUUGGUGAGGCGCUUCAACAGACUCGUGUGCCUGAUGACGCACAACAGGGAGUUGUGAGGGAUGCAGGGGCUGUGAGGGAUGAGAGUACAACUUCAUUGCGACAACAAGGGGAUGUUGUAGGGGAGAUUGAGGUGUAA